AUGUCCGACGAACAACGUAAUGCUAUGGGUCCUGUUAUGGAUGCUACAUCUGAAAUUCAAAAACUAAGUGAACAACCGGAAGUUAUAUUCUCAGCUAUUGAUGCUCUCUAUAGAAAACAUAAAGAGCAUAAAAUACAUCGUUUUACAGAAGAAAAUCGAGAAAAACAUAUAGCUAAUUGGAAAGUAACAAAAUAUGCUGAAGAAAAAGUUGCUUAUGGUACUAAUUAUUUCUUAAAAGUAUGUAUUGGUGAUGGUUUGUAUCUUCAUAUGCGUGUUCAUCGUCAUCCAAAUCAAGAUAAAUAUGAUUUUUAUGCAUUACAUGAAACUAUUAAACAUAAUAUUGCAACAUGUGUAUUCACAGAAGGAGAAUCAAAUCAAAUGCAUUCUCAACAAAUGGAAUCUUAUGCUCGUCGAGCUUGGUCCGGUGCUAAUUCAUUCUUUGCAUGGGCUCUUCCUCAAGAUGAUCAAAUUACAUUAAUUAACAUACUACAUGAGAAAAGUGUUCGUGUCAUACGAAUCUUUUUAGCAACAAUCGAUGAUGGUCAAGCAGGUUCACGUGCUAUAGCAGCUAAGACAGUGACAUCUCUUCAUGAUCGCUAUUCAUUAGGAUGUUAUGCAUAUAAAGCUGAUAGUUAUGUAUCAAAAUAUGGAAUUCCAACAGUCAGUGGAUGUUCACCACAGAAUAAUGCAUCGAAAUUUUAUUCAAAUGAACAAGCUAAAACAGAUUUUACAAAUCGAUUAAGAUAUUUACUUGAUCAUGUCAAUCCACAUUUUGGACAACGAUGGAGAUCUUUAAGUCAUGUUAUAUUCUCGUUUCAAAUCGAAAAUGAAAGUCAAGGUCAUAUGUCAACAUUUAAUGUACAUUGGAUGUGUGAUAUAAAUACACGAAUUCGGUCAUUAGUAAACAAUGGAGUACUUCUAUCAACUGGUGGCGAUGUUGAUUAUGGCUUAAGUCUUCGUCUUGAAAAUUUUCAAUGUUCUACAAUUGAUUUAAUAUCUUUACACGACUACACAAUGGAUGAAGAUUAUUCUCGUCGAAAAUUUCAAGAAGCUAUUCGAUUAGCACAGCAAUAUGGAAAAAGAGUUUAUGUGGAAGAAUUCGGUGACCGUGGUGAUACACAAAUGGCUCAAGCACUGAAUAUUAUUCGAGCUGCGGCACAUCAACAAGGAUUACCAUGGUUAGUAUGGCAAAUUGUGCCAAAUGCAAGAUCAGGAGAUUAUGAAUUUUUUACUAAUGAUCGAACAGCUUGGACAGCAUUUGAACAUCAAGCAUAUUGGGCACAAAUGUCACCAUCACCUUUUCAAUGGUCAGAAAUUUGGAAUUAA